AUGGCUGGACGUGGACGUGGAAAAACCAGUGGUACUCUAACGCAGGAUCAACUGCAAUCGUUGGGAGUUACUAGUAAAGAAAUUCAAGCAGUUACCUCAGUAGCUCCGCCACCUUUGUAUCCGCCAUUACUCUCGAAACCGGUGCCGUUAGAGUCUAACGCUGACCGAAGUUAUAAAAUACUAUGGAAAGAAGACUUCAUCUCGUAUUUGCGAGAAUCAGCUUAUUACACAACCAGGAAAAGCUCCAAAAUUUCUGUCCAACGUUAUUGCGAUAAAGUGAUUAAUGUCAUAGAAAACGAUCCAAAAACAAAACGUGAAGGAGAUUUUCUUUGGAAACUGAUGCCUGCCGAAUUGAAACCAAGUUUCAAACGCCUGAAAACAGCAUCCGGAUCCGGAUCAACGACAGCGAAACGGAUACGAAAUGCAGAUGACAUUAAUGCUAAACUGAAAGCACUUGAACAAAAAGAAUCAUCGAUCGAUGAUGUUGAUGUGGUUAAAAAGGAGAAGAGUGAUUCGGAAGGUGAAAAAGAUGGCGAAGAACAGGAAGAAGAGCUGAUCGACGAAGAGAUGGACGAUGACAAUGAUUAUGGUAACAAUUAUUUCGAUAACGGGGAAGCAUACAACGAUGAAGAUGAUAAUUUGGACGAUGGUCCAGUUUAUUAA